AUGAAUGAAAAGAUCCUUUGUCAGGCCUGCAUUCUGGAGAGGCAAAUAUUUGACUUCCUUGGAUACCAGUGGGCACCUAUCUUGGCAAAUUUUGUACAUAUCAUUAUUGUUAUACUUGGAUUAUUUGGAACUAUUCAGUGUAGAACGCGUUAUAUAACAGGGUAUGCUUCUUGGCUCGUGCUUUGGGUAUCUUGGAAUGUAUUUAUUAUCUGUUUCUAUUUGGAAGCUGGAUACCUUUCCAAGGAAAGAGACCUUAUUUUAACAUUUAAUGUGUCAAUGCAUCGUUCCUGGUGGAUGGAAAAUGGACCAGGAUGCAUGGUAACCUCAGUGACUCCUGCUCCAGAUUGGGCUCCAGAAGAUCAUCGCUACAUUACUAUAUCAGAGUGCUUACUAGAGUACCAGUAUAUAGAAGUAGCACACAGCUCUCUUCAGAUCUUUUUUGCACUUGCUGGGUUCAUCUAUGCCUGUUAUGUCUUGAAAUGUAUUUCUGAAGAAGAGGACAGUUUUGAUUUUAUAGGUGGCUUUGACUCCUAUGGCUACCAGGGUCCUCAGAAGACAUCUCACUUACAGCUGCAGCCCAUGUAUAUGUAA